UGAAGACGAUAGCAAACACAAUUAUGUUAGGGCUCUCCUGUUUUCGCUGCUGCGGAAAGAGCAGAAACGGAAAGACAGCAUCAAACGAAACGGCACGAAAUGGACGAUUGAACAGGGAUGAAAUUGAAACAUUUUAAGUGAGCCACAGCUAUUCAUUCCGGAUGGUUGGGCUUUAAUUUUGUAUAUAAAUGUUUAUUAUCUCUUUUUUUGUCCAACAGGAAUUCUCUGACCAGUUAAAUCAGCUAGACAAACGGAGCAGGAUGAAAAAAACAAAAUAGAAUUUUGUUUCGUCAGAAUGAAAGAAAUGGUUGCUACAAAAGUACUCUUUUUCUGCUGAAUGAUCUAAUUAUUGGGCUUUUUUGUCUAUUUUUGUAACUCAAAUUACACAAUUUAACACAUGCAAAAAGUAUUUUCUUUUUCUUGUUUUCAAGCAAACGACGUUCAACUUUGCAGCACCAAAUAAUUUACCACACAGAGGGCGCUGUAAUGUAACUCUCUCUAGCGGAUAUCAGCUUGUCACAUUCUUGUCGGCCAAGUCCAAUCCUCCGUACAGGAUUGAUAGCAGUAAAAUUCACGCUGGUUUCAUAUUAAAUUGCUCGACCGUGUUUGCAUAUUGCUGAUACAGUGCUAAGAAAACAAUCAAAAUGGUCGAACUAUAUACAAUAAUUUGUGAUCCACAACACAGCACCAGCUUAACAGCCGUGUUGCCGAAAUUGCUUGCGCAAGAAAAAUUGUGCGAUGUAACCCUGUUGUGCAGUGGAGGAAAUAUCAAGGCACACCAGAUUAUUCUAGCUGCCGGAAGCUCUUACUUUGAGGAUAUGUUCGUCCAAAAUCCGCAUCCCCACCCCAUCGUGCACUUGCCCAACGUGGAGGUAAAUGAAAUGCGAAACAUGGUUAAAUUUAUAUACCAUGGCAAGAUAACCUUGCCCAUGAAUGAUUUGCCAGACUUCAUCUUGAAGGCGCAGAGCUUCCAGGUUCGUAGGUUGCUCGGAGUGAAAUACGUGCAUAUUGUGAAAAGUUCGGAGUAUAUCAUGGGGAAUUUGAGCGGUGACGAGGAUACGGUCCAGAUAUCGAUAAGUGAGUUGCUUGAAACAAACGGCAACUACCCCACGCCAGAAUGCAACAGUGUAGAUAAUGCACACAAAACUCUUCAUGUUGUACCAGACGUUGUAAUUCAACGCUACGGAAACAACACAGAAGUGGAUGGACAGUUAGAGGAUAGUAUGGAUGAUCAGGAGAAUUGUUACAUCGGUGUGGAGGAUGUGCAGCAGCAGCAAGUUGACCAAAGCGGAGAGAUACCUUCCACUCCCGAGGAAGGAACGAAUUUUGCUACAGAAGAAAUGGAAUCGUACGUUGGAAAUGACCUUCCAUCGGAUACAACUCGUUUUCUGGAGAGCAUCGAACGACCAGGGACUUCCGACCAAGAUCAAACAUCAUUGCAAAACAGUCCUCAAGAUCCGACCCAACAACCAGGGACCGCGAAUCAAGCUCAAACGUCCCCACGACUCAACCCAGGAGACGUCAACUUGUUUGUUGAUCUUUCUAGAAACAUUGAAACCAUGCAUCAGGGCGGAACCAUUCAGUUACCAGAUGAGCCCGUCACCACCAACUCAACUGUCCUUCCACCGAACUUUGUUGUAGGACGAAAUGAAACGAGCGUUUCCAAUCCUUCCAGCUCGCGAACGUUCGAAAGGCCUGUACCAUCGGAGCAGCAGAUUCGCAUUCCGCCGAUUGGAUACCGCCGCGCAAGCCAUACGGUAGUUUCAUCCACACAGGCGAAAAAGACGUUGUUUGGAAUGAGGAACAGACAAAUGUCCGUCGGAUAUGACUUUGCCCCGAUUUCAAGGACUACUGUUCUAAAAAUGCAUAGCGUGCGCUUACAAAUGAAUCAAGCGUUUGAGCGUGUAUCAGAUACCCAUAGCCGGUGCAAGAUUUGCAACGAACUGGUCAGACUUACUAACAGACACUACAUAACACACUUCCCGAGUUUCUUCAUCUGUACAUUGUGCCCGGCUAUUUACAAGAAAAGGGCAACCUUAGCCACACACUACAAGCUCAAACAUCCGGAGUUAAUAUCGGAACGGAUGUAGUAUGAGCAACGUCCAAUGGAAACAUUGUCGGAGGGGUGGAUUCACGUUGCUGUGUCGGCGAAAAACAGUUUUUUACAUUCAUCUAAUUUUCGAACGUUUUAAAAAGGAAUUGAACUUGAAAAAUAAAAGAGUAAUGAAC